AUCACUUUUAACAUUGCUGUUGUCUAAAUAAAAAAUAAACAUUAAACAGUAAACAUGGCGGACGACGAUGAAAUUGAUAUUCUUGGGGACUUUUCCUUUAAUUCUUGUUUUGCACAAAAUAAUCAGGGAAUUCCAUCGUGUUCAGACCGUGAGGACACUGUGCAUCCUCAAUGGCUUUUGGACUGGACUGCUACGAAUUGGUACGAUACCCAAAAUAGAUUGAAGCAGGGAUCUUCACGGAAACUAUCGGGAAAUAAUUCUAGGCCUCAUAAUGAAAACUCUUUUACAGAAUGGAGUAACAAAGAAAGGGAGAUACUUAAACAAGAAAUUGCCAAAUAUGGACGGAAUGUUAAACAAAUAGCACAGACUCUCAAGUCCAAAUCUGAAGCUGAAAUCCAGGCUCUGAUUGAGGCAGAACAUGGUGUUACCCUAGAUAAUGAGUAUGAUGCACCUGCCAUUUCCAAGUCACAAGUUCUAACAGUAGUCUCAACGGGAGUACCAACUGUUACUGUGCCUCAACAGACAAAACCUGUAGAUGCAUCUGAAAUUUUCUAUGAUGAUGAGCUUGCCAUCGGUUCUACAGAAUUGGUCACAUCAGAUGCUAGUAAUUCAGGGAGUCCACAGAAGUAUAAAAAGAAAAUAGUACAGAAGAUUGGCAAGUGUAGAAGGAAACAUGUUACAGGCCAAGAUAAAGAUGAAACAAGGAAUAGUAUUAAAGGAGGUUUAAUGGUUUCUGAUAAAUGUUUACAAAAACAUUGUCAUUCAGAUGAUUCUCUAAAGAGAAAGAAGUUGCAAAUAGUGUUGGGAUCUGGUCAAGCAUUGCCUAUAUCUGAAGGAGAACAAGUGAUAAAGAUAGAGAAAAACAAAGAGUCUGAGCAGGAAAGUGAUGUAGAAAUAGAUGUAGACAACGAUGAUGGCACAGAAACUAAUAUGCAAGCUGUCAAUAUACCUGAGAUAAAUGUUAGUGAUGUAGAAACACAACAUAAAAAUGUGGCGCAAAACAAGACUUCAGCUGUGAUGGGUCCCCCACUGCGGAGUAUCAUGGGUCCCCCAUUGCGGAGUAUCAUGGGUCCCCCAUUGCGGAGUAUCAUGGGUCCCCCAUUGCGGAGUGUCAUGGCGCCCCCAUUGCGGAGAAUGUUGGCGCCCCCAUCGCGGAGUAAGAUGGCGCCCCCAUCGCGGAGUGUGAUGGCUCCCCCGGUGCGGAGAUUAGAUUUGGCUAGGAGGAGACGAAAAUUUAAUUUGGAUGGUGAGGGUGGCUACAGAAUCUUGCACACUGAAGCAGGUGACCUUUAUGAAGUGAGCUCAGAGCCCCGGAAAGAGAAACAGCCCCGCAAGCAGCCUGUACAACUCAUUAGAUGCAAGAGUUAUGGGCCUGAUAGACCGGCCCCAUGUGAGGUGAACUUGCACAUAUCCACCCUGGUCAGUAUGGAGGUCCACGCACACACCUCCCGAGGCGAGGUAAUGGGGCUCGUGGGGGGGACGGGUGACGAGGAGGGGCGCGUGGUAUUCCUCACCGCGUACCAGCCGGCGCGAGCGGCUGCCAACAGCACGCACUGUGAUAUGGACCCCGUGUCUCAAGCGAUGGCAGGCGAAUAUCUCCGCGGGCUGGGGCUGUCGGUAUGCGGCUGGCACCACUCCCACCCACAGUUCCCGGCGGAACCCUCGCGCCGCGACCUGCUCUCGCAGCGUGAGCUUCAGGCGGCGCUGUGCUGGCAGCUGCCCUUCCUGGCGCUGCUCACCUCGCAGCGCUGGCCGCACCACGGCUACAGCUGUUUCCGCGUGGAGGACGCGGAAGACGCGGGCGACACGCCGGUGGGGUUCCAGUUUGAGGUGCGGCUGGUGGCCGACGUGACCGCGAGUAGUCUGCCGCGCCUGCUGGAGCAGCUGGCGGCGCUGCGGGGGGCGGAGCCCGCGCCGCUGGCGACCGACCCGCGCCGUGACGUGUGUCCGCUCGCCAACACCACCUUCCUGGACAAGUGCGCGUGGAGUGUCAGCCGCUACAUGCGGGCCGCGGGAUACGGGGCCGAGGACCCCGUGGUGCGGGACCUGGUGCGGGGGCUGCGGGACAUAUUCCACUAGAGCUGACCACUGACCAGCCGGCGCCCGGGGGCAGAGCGCUGACUAUACUAACGGGGGGCAAUAAUGUUUAUUGAUUUUAAUUUGUUUAUCUGAUAUAAUAUGUUAAGAUUAAUGAUGGCUUAUGCUCGUAUUAUGUAUCCUGUAUAUUACAAUUAUUGUAAUCAUUAAGUGUGACCAGGCGAUUGUUCCGUAACUGUUACAGAUAUCAAAACACUUUGAACUGGUAUCGAAAGUACGUUACAUAAUCAGUAAAAUGACAUUAAUUACUUUUUAAAAAUCAAACGGGAACUAUCCUAAAUGUUGAUAUUAAACACUCCAAUACUUUUAGUA